AGACGAAACAUUAUGAAAGCGAACGAAGAUAACAGAGACGUAGAGGUGAGGAGGUCAGCUGCGUGAAGGUGAACUCAAAAGAAAUUCUCAAGUUCUUAUAUUUUUCCGCUUUUUCUUGUUCAUGUCAUCGGUGUAAUAAACGACAGCAAAGAUCAUAUGAAAAUGGCAGUUGACGAUGAUGGUGAUGUUCUCCCUGACCGGGAUGCAGCAAAGGGAUUCUAUGCCAAGUAUGAGCCCAAAGAAGUACUUGGACGAGGUGGUUGUUCUGUUGUCAGGCGCUGCAUUGAGAAAGAAACAGGUCAACAGUUUGCUGCCAAGAUCAUUGAUCUGAGUGAUUCCUCCACCGAUGGGGUAUAUGAAGCCACAAUGCGAGAGGUUGAGGUAUUGCGACUGGUAGCUGGACACCCUUUCAUCAUUGAACUACAUGAUGUAUUUGAGUCGUCCACUUUCAUCUUCUUAGUGUUUGAGUUAUGUGAGCAUGGAGAGCUUUUUGAUCACCUUACAACCGUUGUCACCCUAUCGGAGAAGAAAACAAAAGUGAUUAUGCGACAACUGCUUGAGGCCCUUGCACAUGUCCAUGGCAAGGGUAUUGUACAUCGUGACUUAAAGCCAGAAAAUAUUCUCCUAGAUGAUAACUACAAUAUUAAACUUACAGACUUUGGUUUUGCAAAGGUCUUAACCCCUAGUGAAACACUUACAGAACUGUGUGGAACACCAGGCUAUCUAGCUCCUGAGUUACUGCGGUGCAAUAUGAUCGAGGGUUCACCUGGAUAUGGCCAUCCAGUUGACUUAUGGGCUUGUGGUGUCAUAAUGUACACUCUCUUGGUUGGUUGUCCACCAUUCUGGCAUCGAAAACAGAUGGUGAUGAUUCGUAAUAUAAUGGAAGGGAAGUAUUCCUUCCAGUCUCCUGAAUGGGAUGAUAUCACAGAUACUCCAAAGGACCUCAUAUCGAUAACGCUGGUGGUGGGGAUUACUCCGUCGGGAUGUUCGCCCCGCCUGGACUCCUCAGCCCAAGCUACAUUGUCGAUGGCUUAUCUUGUAAGAGCAGCCUCUGAAAGAAUUGUUGGUACAUACUUGAGGCUUUUAUGCUUAAUGAAAGAUCAGAUAACUUAUAUGACUCUGGAGGUGAACCUUGGCAUAAUUCCAUAUCAACAAAUGAAUAACAGUAAAUUUAGGAAUGCUGUAUUUAAGCAAAAGGAUCAAUAUCCUCCUAGCCGGAGUCAAAUUAUUGGGGUCACUCUGGUGGAAAAGCAAUACAAAGGCCGUCCGUUCAAUGCCAAGAAGAUGUUCCAGUUUGGCAUUAUGUGUGUACGUGCAGUGAUCCGUAUCCAAAGACUUCGUUUUACGCCCGAACCUGUAUCUCUUGCCGUCACCCGGGUCGAUCCAUAUAGGAUUAAAGCUCUGCGCAAGGUUAUUGAUAACUGCGCCUUCCGUGUUUAUGGCCACUGGGUGAAGAAAGGAGAGGGUCAAGACCGUGCUGCACUUUUCCAAAACUACCCCAAGCUUGAUUUUCCACGCAGUCCAAUGGAAGCGCCCCUCAUUGUUGGCCAGUCAUAAAAGGAAAACAUGUUAUGUCAAAGAUUAUCACUUUUGUAGUGUAUAUUUUAUCUUGUCCUUUCCUUUGAAAACCCUUGAUGGUAGUAGAUCAGAAAUUUUACCUAGACAAAGAAAAAGUUUUCUUCAUAUGCAAAACAUUUUUUGCUUUUAGCUCUUGAGAAAUUACUUUUGAUUGUUUUUAAUGACUGCAGAUGUGGCUCUUGGCUCUUUUGUAUGUCAGAGAUUUUACAAACAGAAUACUGGUGAUGUUAACCUUCUGUCAAGCCUUUAUUUAGGAACCAGAUGAAUUUUAAACUCUCUUUUUUUUAAAUGUCUUCCUCAAAAGUAAGGCAGUAGCACAAGCAUCAAUAACACUUACAUGAUUUUCGCAAUGUGGUUUAUCAAAGGAAUGAAUUAUAUUAUUAUCAUUAUCAUUAUAUAUAUAUAUAUAUAUAUAUAUAUAUAUAUAUAUAUAUAUAUAUAUAUAUAUAUAUAUAUAUAUAUAUAUAUAUAUAUACACAUGCAUAUAUAUACACACACACAGUUACAUGUGCAUUAAGCAUGAAAAUAGGAAAAUGAUUCUCGUAUGAUUGGAAAAGUAAAAAAAGAACAAGUAUAGAAAGUAAAAGGCAGUUUGUAAAAUUUGUUCAUGACAGCAAUAAUGAUCUAUUGUGAUCAAUUUUAAAAAUAAUGAUUUUUAUUUUAUAGGAAUUGUUUGAGUUGUAAGUGAAAAAAAAAAUACCCAAGGUGUAAGGAUGUCUAUGCAAAACUUCAUUUUUUGAAUUUUGAUACAGCAAUGCUAAUUUGGUUCAUUUUAUUGUAUUGUUGUACAUAAUAUACAAUAUAGGGCAUUGCCUUUUGUCUUUUUGGAAAAACUGCAAGAUUUGUGAUGGCAUUUGGACAACAACAUUGAUCAGUCUUUUAUGUUAUUUUGAGACAUACUCUUACCUCUGCUCUUGAAGUGUUACUUUACUCUUUAGGUUAUUGUUACUGAAUGUUAUUAUCAUUAUUAUCUAUGUAUUUUGGCUAAAGAUUAUUAGAUUAUUAAUGGUUGAUUUUUAAAAGGAGAAUUCCAGGAAAACUUUUUUUUCCAUUUCUAUAAAUUCUUUUUUAAUUAUGUAACAGUAGUAACAUGAUUAGUCUGUCUUUACAUUUCUUAGAUUGUAUAUUUUUCACAGCAUAUUGUUGAUAGUUCUAUCCAAUAAUCUACCUAAUUCAUGAAUAUAAAGUUCCAUUUAAGGUUUCUGUUUAGAAAGCUAGAAAAUCAAAUGGUUUUGUAAUGUUACUGUAAUGUUGUUGAGUGAGUUUGAUGCUCUUUUACCUAGAUGUAUUUUAAGAUUUUAUUGAUCAUUUAGUAUUAUUAUUAUUUGAAUGUUAGUUAGAAACAAACAGGUUUUUUGUCAUCUUCUGCUUGUAUUGACUAAAACUUUUUUCUCCUAUUUCUUAUUUAUAAUUUGUCAUCUUAUUUUAUUUCAAUGGCACAAAGGAAUCCAGUCAUAUUUUAAUUUAUGUUAUCACAUUCCUUGCCUCACACAUUUAAGAUUUAAGGAAAGUUGAAGCUUCAUCCUUACCCAUCCUUAUCUUGCUUCUCUCCCUAUUACCCCCCUUUGCUCCCUUUUUUGUCAUUAAAUAAUGAUAAGCUUUAUUUAUUAGUAAUCUAAAUAAGUGUUUUACAUUUUAAGAACAUGCCUGAAAGCCAUGAUUUUAUUUUUAGUAUUAUAAUUUUAGAACUGUGGUCAUAGUAUUGAUUUCCAUAGAUAAGCAGGAUCCAUUAUGCUUCACGCAGAAUGAUGUCUUUGUGCAGUUUCACUUUCACAAACUUUCUUAAGUGAACAUUAUUGAAUAAUGUGUGCAUAAUCACAUCUUUCUCUCCAGUGAGAGUAAGUGCUAAAUGAAAGUUACAAUAAUACAAAGACCUGCAUUGCAUGGACAAGAAUAUUGAAUUAAUGAUAAUUGUUUAGACAUGAUUUACUCUGAAUUGAUUAAGAGUUUUUUAUUGAUGAAAGUGACAGUGCAUAUUUUGAAAAUAAAUGUUGUGAUUGACAACAAUCAUCUACAUAUUUGAUUAUAUAUAGGAUGAUUUACAUUUUUGACAAGGAUUUGCAUAAUAUGAUUUCUGAGAAUUUCAUUUAAGGAGAAAAUGUACUACCACUUAGAUUUAUGUUAUUGUCAUUAUUUAUGUUAAUAUUAAUAUUAUUUUUAUCAUUGUUAUUAUUAUAAACAUUAUUAUUAUCAUUAUUAUUAUUAUUAUUCAUUAUUACUAUCAUUAGUACCAUCACUGUUAUGGUUAUCAUUUUUAUAUUUUAGACUUGAAUGUAUGUGAUAGUAUUAAGAAUACUAAAUGUGUUAUGCAACAUUAUAAUACUAUGAGUAGGUCUCUGCAAUUGUUUCCAUGAUUUGAUAUUUUUACAAAAAAAGCAUUUUGCAUUUGGCUAUUAGUGUCAGUAAAAAGAUGAAUAAAAAAAUAGAUCAGUGAAUGCUUCUUAUAAUGUUUCACACUUCACAGUAUGCACAAACUUUUCAGGGAAUGCAUGCUUUAAGUAAGGACAGGCAGUAGUGAUGCAAAAAAUAAAGCUACAGGAUUUGUUUACCAAAGGGCAGAAGUGCAGAUGUUUUCAUUAUUUAAGACAGUGGAGAUUGAAAACUUGAAACCAUGUUGAAUGGUCUCCCACAUUUUGUUUAAUAUGUAUAUAGAAUCUCAUAUAAGAUUGUUCUGCAGUAGAUGUUCCAGCUGAUUGAGAAAAUGUUGUCUUCUGUUUAUUGCAACAUUUAUAAUUUUUGCAUUUUUAAUCUCAAUUAUUAUGAAUAUCAGUACGUAUAUCAUAUGGCAAUAAGACUUUCAUGUUCAUUAUCAUAAUCAUCAUUAUUGUUAUUAUUAUCAUGUUACUAUUAUCAUGAUUAUCAAUAUUAUCAUUGUUAGUAUUAUUAUUGCAACUAAAAUUGUCAUAAUUACUUUGACUAAUAUUAGAAAUAUUAUUUUGCUCACUGAUGUAGAAUUUUCAUCACUAUUACUUUAUUGCAACAUAUUAAUUUGUUUUAAUUUUAUGAUUACUACACUACUGCAGGAAGAACUAUGAUUAUUGGAAUGACUAUGAAUGUAUCAGUAUUUUCUGAGUCAAUGAUAUUCUAGUCCCUUAUUAAAGAUCAUCUUCAGAUGAUUGUUUGUGAUUUUAAUAAACAUACUCCGUG